AUGCCUUAUCAAUUAGACAAUUGGUGUCUCAAUUUUCAACAGAUCCAUGAUUUUGUUACUCACACUUGGCAAAAGCCAAACAUUGGAUCACCCAUUUUCUCUCUCUCUAAAAAGCUCGAUUUUGUACGAGUUCAAAUAAGGAGUUGGUGCCUUAAUAAUAAGAAGUUCUGGGGGGUGGAUUGGAAGAAUUUCAGUGAAGCGCUCUCAGUGGAAGGGGAGGCAAUUCAAUCUGUCUCAGAUGCUUCUGCUUAUUUGUCCAAUAUAGUUACUUCGAAAGAAAAUAUAUUGUUACAACUACAGUUCUGGAAGCAACGAUGUAAAAAGGACUGGAUCCUUAAUGGGGAGUGCUCUACUAAACUCCUUUUCUCGAAGGUUAAGUGCCGGCAAAAGAAGAAUUACAUUUCCUUAUUGCUGGAUGAGGACGGCCUGUUAAAAUUUGGUCAACAAGAGGUUCAACGAAUUGUUGUCCAUUCUCUGAAGAAAACUUUUAAGUGCGAUGCUCUUCCAAUUUAUGAUUCGGAGAUUGAUAUUGUCCUUCAGGAACUGCAUCUUCCUUCACUUACUUCUUCCCAGGUUAAUAAUCUAGAACGCCCCUUUAAUGCAGUGGAAAUACAGGCAACAAUGUUUGAUUUGGGGAACUAUAAGUCCACAGGUCCUGACGAUGUUACCGCAGAAUUUUUUAAGCUUCAUUGGCAUAUGAUUGGGGAUUAA